AUCCUCACGUUAUUCUUCAAGCCUGUAAAGAAGAAGAAAGCUGUGAAGAUAGGUCUCGGCAUGCGUCGCAGUACUUUGGAGGGCUUGCACUCUGAACUUGUGCUUGAUGCUGGUGAUGUACUUUCACCAGAGGAAGUCGAGCUGUUCAAUACACUUGAUGGAGAUGAAGACCACAUUAAUGACGAGAGCCAGACCAUACACGACAUGCACAUUGCUAUCUCUGUCCGUGAUCGAGCAAUUGCAGACAUGCGUGCCAAGGGUGUUACUGUGAGACAAAACGAACUUAGGGAGGCAGAAGUAGUUCUGUACAAGGUUGCUGGUCUGGCAAAAAGAGUCAAUGAUUCAGGUCGACUCAAGUCUCGGUUUGAGUCCCUUGUUGAUGCUGCAGCCAAAGACCCAAACUCACCAAUUACUGGUGAAAAGCAUACUUUGGAUAGAAGGGUUUCCACAAGGUGGAAUUCUGACCUUGCUUGUUUGGAUGCUUAUUUUCUCUUGUAUCCAAUUGUUGAGCAAUUAACUGCAGUACAAGAGUUUAAGCUUCAAAAUUUUGUCUUAUCAGACACCCAACUCCACCUUGCAAAAGAACUAUGUGAUAUACUUCUGAUUGUUGAGGGGCCAACACGUUUGUUUUCACAAGCAAAUGUUCCCCUUAUUGCUAAUAUUAUUCCUAUGCUCCUGGUUAUUCAACAAGCACUCACAAGAGCUAGUGAGGAUACCUCUCAGCCUUCUGUCUUGAGAAUUGCUGCCUAUGCUGGUACACUUGUUUGCAAGAAGUAUUAUGCUCUUGCUGAUGAGUGUGAGAUAUACUACAUUGCAAUAGUAAUGUCUCCAGACAAGAAACUUGACUAG